AAAUUGUGCAAGUCAAAUCCUGGGGAGAAUCAUGAUAACCCUGAUCACUGAGCAGCUACAGAAGCAGACUCUGGAUGAGCUGAAAUGCACACGCUUCAGCAUCAGUCUGCCUUUGCCUGAUCAUGCAGACAUCUCCAACUGUGGGAACCCUUUCCAGCUUGUGUCUGAAGGUGCUUCCUGGAGGGGUCUGUCCCACUGUUCCUGUGCCGAAUUCCAGGACAGCCUCAACCUCAGCUACCACUCCUCAGGCUUGAGCCUGCACCUCAGACCACCCAGCCGAGGAAGUUCCCUACAGGAGCAACCCCUCCCCCAAGUCCUAAGCCCUGAGCCCCCAGACUCAGAGAAACUCCCUGUGACCCCUGCCCCUCCAUCCAAGAGGCAUUGCCGCUCACUCUCAGUGCCCGUGGACCUGUCUCGCUGGCAGCCGGUGUGGCGGCCCGCCCCCUCCAAGCUGUGGACUCCCAUCAAGCACAGGGGCAGUGGUGGAGGGGGCGGGCCGCAGGUGCCUCACCAGAGCCCCCCAAAGCGGGUCUCCAGCCUCAGGUUCCUCCAAGCUCCCAGUGCCUCUUCUCAAUGUGCCCCAGCCCACAGACCCUGCAGCCCCCCUUUCUUCAGCCUUGCCCUAGCCCAAGAUUCCUCUCGACCCUGUGCUGCCUCCCCACAAAGUGGCUCCUGGGAAAGUGAUGCUGAGUCCCUGUCACCUUGUCCACCCCAGCGUCGCUUCUCCCUGUCACCCAGCCUGGGCCCGCAAGCAAGCCGCUUUCUGCCCUCUGCUCGGAGCUCCCCCGCAUCCUCCCCGGAGCUGCCCUGGAGACCUCGGGGCCUCCGCAAUCUUCCCCGGAGCCGCUCACAGCCUUGUGAUCUGGAUGCCCGCAAAGCUGGGGUCAAGCGGCGCCACGAGGAGGACCCACGGCGGCUGCGGCCUUCCUUGGACUUUGACAAGAUGAAUCAGAAACCAUACUCAGGAGGUCUCUGUCUUCAAGAUACAGCCCGGGAAGGCAGCAGCGUUUCUCCACCAUGGUUUAUGGCCUGUAGCCCCCCACCCCUCUCUGCUUCCUGCAGCCCAGUUGGGGGUUCCUCCCAGGUGCUGAGUGAAAGCGAAGAGGAGGAGGAAGGGGCCGUGCGGUGGGGGCGGCAGACGCUAAGCAAACGGACACUGUGCCAGCAGGACUUUGGGGAUCUGGACUUGAAUCUGAUUGAGGAGAACUAAAACUGAGAGGCUACUUCCUGGGGCCACACAGACUGACUCUCUUAUGCCUACUAACAAGUGUCGAGGCCCCAAGGCUGGGGGCCCAGCCUGGGAACGGGGGUGAGUGGAGGGCUCCGACUCAGGGCAGCCGGAAAUCUUCUCACUCCAGGAAGCUCAACCAUGCCGAGAGACUGGCCGGGACAAGAUAAACGGAGCUGGUGGCGGGAGGGACAGCCCCAGAGCAGACCCUUCCCAUGGCGGCCCUGAGUGUGAGUAUCCCUGCCACUGACAGAGCGAUGGGCAGGGAAGGAAGGGGUCUGCUGACCCCAGCUCGGGGAAUUUCACUAGCCCCUUUGCUUCAAAGGGCACUUGUGUCUUAGAAUUUGGCUAGGGUGGGAGGUUCAGUCAGCCUCCUCAGAGAAAUUGUGUGAGAGCGUUUGUGUGCAUGGGAGUGUGUUCAAGUAAAGGCGUGUUUGCGUAGCCUUAGGGAAGGAAGGGGUUUGCUUCCUAACAGCAGAGCAUCGUGAUUCCCCAGGAUGCUGAGUUUUCACAGGACAGUAGGCUUGGUCAAGGAGUUAGAAGGGCACCAAGUUUUCCUUUUUUCUGAAUAGCUCUGGAGCGAGGCUUGUGAUCUGUCAGCACCACUGGCUCUGCAAAGGACUCUGUUUUGGGUCUUUUAAGUUCUGUGACCUCAAUUAAUGGUCUUUUCCUCAUCCCUAUCCCCUCCCACUAGGUGGAUCUAGUAUUGGGCUGGAGGGGAGGCUCCACAUUUAUACUGAGCUGGCCUUUUUUUCUCAUCAGAUUGCCUAGGCUAUAUGCAUCCUGCCUCUCUCACUCUCUAAGUAGAUGCAAGCUCAUGUGGGCAACUGAGGCAGUUCUGAAGGGCUCCAUCUUUCACUUUUCCUUUUUACUGAAGGGACCUUUCUGCCCUCACACUCUGACCUUUGAAGUCAGAGACGAGGAAUGAAGAUCCUGUGUUGGUCCCCAGUAUUUAUUAAGGCAGACUUGCCGCAGGAGAUACGGUGUUCAGGUCCUGCAGGCAUGAAUGAGCUCACCCUAGCACUGCCCAUUGCAAGCAGACUGUAAGGAAGCCUAUUCUUGUAAGAUCCAGGCCCAACCUCUCUUCUGACCUGCUUGAGAAAUGGGUGCCUGCAUUUACUAGUUUGCUUGUCUUCCAUUCCUGCCAGGAAAUGUUUAUGUGCCUCUAAUUGGCCCUGAGAGACCACAGGGAGGUUGGGGCUCACUAAGGGAUUGGCUGAGGAUGUGUAAAGCAAAGGCUGUGAGGAGCAAUUGGGAGUUUGUUGUUGUUGGAUUGAAUUUCCUUUUUUAAGUUUCUCACCCACAACUUGAGCUAGGGCAGCAGGACUCAGUGGCUACAGUGAUGUAUUUAAGGACUGCAACUACCAUGGUAGGGCUGGCACCAGUGGAAAUGGUGUACUGAAGCUGUCACUACAAUAGUUUGUGAGGCUUUGUCCAGCUUUGAUUAGACCUUGCAGGACCAACUUGGACCUGCCUUCCCUGUUUAUUAGAAGAAGGGCCAUUUUCUUUUAAAUUUCCAGGGUAUCUUAGGACCCAAGUUCCUCAUGUUAUGGGAACAGUCCAAGGUCUAUGUGUUUUCUUUCUUGUGAAGUUGAUCCUGACAUUUUCUGGGACUCCCACAUGUCAAAUAAGAGCAUCAGUGAGGCUCCGGCCUUCUCGCCUGUUUUCCAGAGAAGAGGUGGCCAUGUCUUCUUGAGCCUCUGGCACUCAGAGGCUCUACCCUUCCAGGGCUCCUCUCCUACAAGUUACCACGUAUUACCAGUGGGCCACCAGGUCUGUGGGGCCUGAGGAACUGCUCCGGGGAAACCAGGGAAACCAUGAGCCUAGGAGUUGACCAUCAUUGGUUUCAUCUCUCCCCUGGCUCUUCUCCCUCUUCAGGCCAUAAUAUAGGUCAUAAUUUCCCUGGUGCCAGCUUCUUUUCCUUCUGGGGCAUCCUCAUCCCUGGGCUCUCUGCUGCAGAUUGGCUGUGCCAGCUUCUAUUAGGCCACUGACAAUGCCAGUGGAGUCUCUGGGCCCUAAGCUAAAGAAGUGAGGGCAGUAAUUCUGCCUCUAUCUUGGUUUCCCCGAAGCCCAAGGGCAGCAUCCUUAGGGGAGAAAGUCUAUAGAUAUCGUAGUUGAAUUCCAUUACUUUAAGACUGGAAGGUUAAACUUGCCAGAACUAUCAUCUUGCUUCCUAGUCUAAGCACCCCUGGGCCUGGGACAAGCCUUUUCAAGAAGUGGUUCAUUUCGCUUUACACAAUAGAUCUGUUUCAACAGUUCUGUGUAAACCAGAUGCUAUUUUUCAAUGCAUUUGGACUGCUGACCAUUUAAAAGCAGCCUAUGAUUGCUUCUUUUGUAAAGCAAGCAACUUCCCUCUACUUCAGCUGUUUUGACUAUUUGGAUUUUCACGUACUGGGCUUACCCACAGUGGAGUACACCUCUGCAGGGCUUGUGGUUGACGCUGGGUAGCCAUCUCCAUCCGUGCUGUGUGUGUGGUGUGGCUGACCAGUAGGUGAGUAUUCUUGCGUGUGUGAGUGAAGCCACUCCCAGGCUGGUGCUCUCCUCCUGUGCCCGGUGACUGCCCAGUGGCAGUUCCAGCUGCCCUUCACUCCCACCUGCUGCCAAAGUCCCUGUGCUGAUGGGAUUACAAAUACAAAAAGUGAAAGAAAAAAAAAAUUUCGUAAACUUUGUUUUAUAUUAAAAAAAAAAAAAUCCAUAAGUCUGUGUGUGUUAAACAUGAGGUCCUGCCUCUGUGGCUGUGUUUGAAAAAAUAAAGUUUUAUUAGAAUAAUCCAUUUUCCCAAGCAACCUUGUGUACUACAGUGUCUUCUUCCCUUCCGCACAAAGAAAGGCAAGGAAGAGGCAGGGAGAAAGCUGCCUAACUCUUCCAGCCCUUCUUCUAGGACAUGGUUGGGCCUUGGCCCUUAGAGGGUGGCAUCUGGUCUCCAGGCCCUUCACAGCUCACAGCAGAUCAUAUUCUAUGGCCCAGGCUUCUGUUAAGGCCUUGGUUAUUUCUGGCAGCCUGCCUUGCUGUGUUUCUCUGAUAUUUAUACCUGUCUCCUCUUCCCUACUGUUAAUCUCACUUCCAGCAAGUUAAAGUCGAGUAUUAAUACAUUUCAGCACCUUGAGAAAUGCUUGGUGGUACAGUCAGGAACUUGUCUAGAUUGGUUUGUAGGCUUUCGGAGGUGGGGAGAGAAGGCAGGGUGGGAGACUUAGCCAGGAAUCUCUUCCUUUCUUAUGCAUUUUCAUGUUAGGUCUUGGAGAGAUGAAGAUUUUGUCGUCAGAAUUCAGAUCCAAAGACAUUGGCAAUUUCUCCCUCCUAAAAAUACUGCUGUUGAAAAAUUAUCCUAGCAGCAGAGCUCUUUUGUCCUAGAAGAAGGUAUUUUUCACUAAUGCUUCAAUUUGGAAUGUUUGUGUGCUGAAAGGAGCUAUGUGGCUCACUCACUCUCUAUUUUAGACCUUUCUAUUCCACCCUUUCUUCUCUCUAUGUUAGCAUUCUUCCAAUGUGUGUGGGUGAAAUCUAGUUGCUUAGAGAUCCAGACAGGAGCCUCUGUGCCUAAGGCUUAGCCUUCUUUACCAGCUGUGGUGCUAACUUGCCAGGUGGCAAGAAGAGUCAAGUUGCUUAGCCUAUGUCCUAGUUUCCUGCUUUAAACUGGAGACACUCACCAUUGAAUACCAAUGAAGUGUGCAGGAGGAUAGGAUUGGCUUGAAUACCUGGAGCAGGAACCUUUCAGGGGGCAAAAAUACAUCCUAAAAAGAGUGGGAUUUGUCACCUGCCCUGAAAACAAAAAGAGGGGCUUGAGGGGUGCCGUGGUGUGUGGUUGGAGAAGCUUAGAAUUACAGUUUUUCUCCUUAAAACUGCUGUUUCAUUUCACCUAUUGCUAGAGGAGGGGUAAAGUUUGAACAUCUGAAGUGACUUCCUCCACCCCCUUUUUCCUUUCUUUUGAAUUAUUUUGUUGGAUUUUUCUAUUGUGCUUAUUUUGUGAGGCUGAGUAUGAUAUAUUUUCCAUUCCUGAAGUCCUGCUAGUAUAGGAAAGAAUGCAAACUUCAUGAGGGCAGGAGUUUUGUUUUAUUCACUGUUAUGUCCCCAACAAUUUGAAAAGAUUCUAGCACAUGAAAAGUUCCCAGCAUAUUUUUGAAUGAAUUUCCUACCUCUGCCCCUCCCAUCCCUGAACUAAUGCACAUUUCUGUCUCUGGUGCUGGGAGAAGCCAGCCUUGGACACUAAGAUAGUAAUUAGUGCCCCAUGUGAGAAAAUCCCAGCAGUGAAUUUUGAUAGGAAAGCUGCAGAGUAGCUAGGUCCUGUAUGGAUUCACUCUUGUUCCCCUCCCGCCAACUACAACUUGUACUUAAGAGGGGUCUCUUGGCCCAAACAAGCAUUCUGAGUCUGGCCUCAGGUUGGUGGGAGAUGGAAGUUCCAAGGAACAGGGAGAGAGAAAGUCUAAGCAAGUGUUUACUUGGUGCUCUGUAGUGUUAGUUCUAGAGUGACUUCCCUAGAUAUUUUGUAUUUUUAUAAAUGUCAGUAGUUGGUGGCCCCUAAACUUUGGUACAAGAAAAGUAGGCCAAGGGUGUAGACAGGUUCUGGACAGGAGAUAACUUGGCAGUCACAGAAGUCUUAGAGAAAGAAUCAGCUACUGCCAGCAGAUCAUUAAAAGAAAUGGCCACUUUAAGUUAUUAGUAGGCCCUUUAUCUUUCUGGUUUGUAUCUGCUUCCACAUAUCGACUCGACGGCACUGGGUGGUUUUUUUCCGUAUAUACUUAAUCUCUGCAUCUGUGAAACCAUGGAACUACUUAGUCUCUGACAUUAUCAAAGUUAAACUUUUGAGUUUGUCCACUCCUUGGUGGUUGAGGCAGGGCAACCAUACCAAUCUAGAAAAAAUCUUAGCAUCUUCCCUUCUCUACUGCCCCCUCUGGGUAGACUUGAACUUCCAACCUUUCAGUUAUCUGCCAACCAUGUUAACCAUUUGCCCCACCCAGGAACUCUUGCCAUUCUAUACUGCCAAUAAAUACUUCAUGGGUUCCUUUCCCAUUGGGCAAUGUGUUACAGCCACUGGAUGUGAUAAUGACACUUUCCACUGGGUGAAGCAGUGGAUAACUCAGCAGGAGCUAUCGAUCUUCUACAUCUGAACCAAAUUCAGGUAGGAGUGAAGGGGUUUUCUUUGCUCCCAGCCCUACUGUUUCCUUGGUAAGAUGUGAUGCUACUGAACCAUAGAAGAGUGUCCCUUUACUCAGUCUCUCCAUUUCCCCUAAAAUUUGAGUUGAGUUGAGAAACCCUAGGACUUACUCAAUAACAUUGUCUAGAAAAGGGAAGUUCCAUGGGUUAAAGGCAAAAACCAAGAUGCUGGCACACUGCCUUCAGCCAGUGGAAUGUGUCAUAACAUCCAAUGUAUGUAACACAUUGUCUGAUAGGAAAGGAACCCAUGAAGUAUUUAUUGGCAGUAUAGAAUGGAAAAGAGUUCCUGGAUGGUGCAAAUGGUUAACACAGUUGGCUGAUAACUGAAAGGGUGGAAGUUCAAGUCUACCCAGAGGUACCUUGGAAAAAAGGCCUGGAGAUCUGCUUCCAAAAAGUCAGUCACUGAAAACCCUCUGGAGCAUGGUUCUACUCUGACACACAUGGAGGCACUAUGAGUUUGAAUCCACUUCAGGGCCGGUUUGGGUUAUAGAAUGGAAUGGCAUGUUACUUAUGGGCCAAUGAGAAGGGAGCUAUUUUAUCCAUGGGCCAAUGGGGAGAAAGUAGCUUAUAUUUUCAGGAUAGGAAAUCAAGGGGGUAUGGGGCACCGACUUAUUAACUGAAAACAUCUACCCAGUAGGUACGUUGCCCCUCAGUCUGUCACCUAAAUAAAAGUCUUUGGUGUCUGAGAAGGGUAAGCUAAAGCCUCAGAUACGGGACCCCUCUGAGGGAAGGCUGGGACCAAGAUGGUGCCAUGGGAGACUGAAGGACCCGCCCACCUCCACACCCCCGGCCGGAUCUGCAAUUCCCCUCCCGGCCGCAGGGGGCACUGCAGGCCCCGGGGAGGUUGGG